CACAAGUCCAGCAACCCAACCUAGGUGCCAUCAAGAGUAAACGGACGAGUCGAGCUGGGUAAACAACAGUGGACGCCUCGAAGAGGCAGGAAUGGGGACUUCAUCAAGGGCCCUGAAGGCAAAUGGAAUGGAAGUAAUGUUUUUUCGUAGAUGUAUGUAUUGCGUACUGUGUUAAUAUGCCACAUAAAGCCAGGAAAAAUAUUAAGUAUUUUUCUCUCGGGUCUUCAUCCUUGCGCUGAUUUGUAACGACGUUGGUAUUGCCACGGGCCCACUUCGAUUUUGUUCCUGUUGUCAGUUUCACAACCCGGUGACUGUCGUUCGAUCGCGAUUUACUUGUGUCGCUUAUUUAAGUACAUUCAGGGCAUAUGCAAUUCAAAGGGAGACACGAAAUAACACAGAAGCCCAUUUCAAGAGAGUACAGAACUAGGUUAGUUGCGGUGCCGCCAAUGGACCUAUAGGAGCUGGUGGAAGUGUAGUUGGCGUUGCUUCUGCGUGGACCAGGCAGCAUGAAGAGCGAGGUGCCCUCUGAGGCCCAGGGUAGACAGGAGCACCUGAAGGGUCCGCUGGCCAACCCAGAGCCCAUGGAGACAGCCAAGAGCUUCCCUGCCAACAUGGAGGUGAUCAGCAAGGCAGGCAGCGAGUUUGCACAGCUGUGUGCCGAGACUAGGCACCGGCCUCUAAGCCACACAGGGGCCCGCAGAGACCCAGACAGGGGCCUGCCCGGACGCAAAAAGCGCAAGAGCCAACAGCCAGGGCCUUCGGACUGCUCCCUGAAGGAGGGUCAUGUCAGUGAGGGCUCUCUUCCCCUUCAGCGCCACCAGCCAGAUCUCUUGGAGCGUCGCAGCGAGGACGAACGCAACCCAGAGUCCUCGUUCAGUGACUGUGCCUCCUCUCCCUCCUCCAGCCUGCGCUUCGGGGACUCGGACACUCUGAGCUCAGAGGUGGAGGCUGGAGGGACGGGAGCAACAGGGGGACCGCAGCCCCCACAGCAGGUGCCGGUCUCCACCACAGGGGGCGGGACCGGGGUGGGUCUGCGCACCAUUCUGGGUCGGACUCGGGGAAGCCGCUCUCAUAAGUGGGCACGGUUGGAGGUGGAGCCGGUGCUGCUGAAGCGGCCGUGUCUGAGCGGGCGGCGGUCACUGCAUAGGAAGCGGUUUGUGAAGCCUGGGCCCGGCGCCAUCCAGCGGACUCAGAAGCAGAAAGAGCGCCUACUUCUCCAGAGGAAGAAGCGGGAGGUAAUCGCUCGCAGGAAGUACGCGCUGCUCCACAGCACCAGCAGCUCCAGUGAGGAGCUGACCAGCGAGUCAUCCUCACCCUCGUCCACAGAGGCAGAGGACGAGCUGUAUGUAGACGUCAGCAGCAGUAGCAGCCAGCCAAGCAGCGCAGCUGUGGCCACAGGUUCUCUGGAUGAAGACGUGGUGGUGAUCGAGGCGACCCCAGCACCCCCUGUCCCAGCCAGCGAGGAGAUCAACGUCACCUCCACCGACAGCGAGGUGGAGAUAGUCAACGUGGGAGAUGGCUUCAGGCCUCGCUCGGUGGGGGGCCACGGCAGGAUGUACUGGGGCCCCAGCUGCUCCCAGAACCGACCCCAGGAGCUGCGCAGCCGCCACCGCCUCUCUACCGUCAUUCAGCCGCUGCGCCAGAGCGCCGGGGAGGUGGUGGACCUCACAGUGGACGAGGAUGAUCUCUCUGUCGUGCCAUCCACCUCUGACAGCAUUCACCCUCAGACUGUCAGCUCCUCCUCUUCAUCCUCCUCUCAUCAUACCUCUACCUCAGAGCCCCACGAUGCUCCGGGCCCCUCCACCAGCUGCCCUGGUCAAGCCCCAGACAGCACGCUGGCACAGGGGCCAAGGGGUACUGCAGGCACGGAGGAUGAGAGCAGACAAGGCUCAUCCGGCGUGGCAGGAGAGAGUGGGGGUGCGGCCAUGCCCAGGUUACCCUCCUGCUGCCCGCAGCACUCCCCCUGCGGAGGGCCCUCCCCUGGUCACAUGACCCUGGGCCAUUCCAGCUGUCUGCAGGCCCAGCCCUCCCAGCAGCCGGGCUCCCAGCAGCACAGCCAUGCCCACCACUUCCACCACCACCAUCACCACAUGCCUCAGCACCCACCUCCACCCACUCUGCCCUUUCCUGAGCCCAGCUGCCCCCUAGAGAGGCCCACUGCCCUGCCUGCACCAUGCAGAGGGGGAGGGAUCAGCAGCAGCAGCUCCACCCAAUACCACGACCAGCAGACUCUGCCGGUCGACCUGAGCAACAGUGGCUUGCGGAGCGGCGGGGGCAGCGGGGCCGGUAGUUUCCAUGGCACCUCAGCCUUUGACCCGUGCUGCCCAGGCUCCACGUCGCGGCCCACUGCCUACAACUCCCAGAAUGCAACGGGGCCAGGGCCCAGCCAGCCCAGCGCAGUGGUGGACUCCUUCAGCUCAGCCAUGGUGGCCCAGCCUCAGCCACAGCCACAGCUAUCCACCUGCAGGCACUUCAUGCACCCCUCCUAUGCCCCCCUGGCACGCUCCCUGCACCACCAGCCCUCUAACACCUGCCCCCAUUCCCAUGGUAACCCUCCUCCCCCUCCUCAGCCCACUCCACAGGGUGACUACGUCAUCCCCCACCCCAUCCAUCCCUUCCACACGCCCCUGCCUUCCCACCCCCCUGGCCACGCCGUGCCCCCACCCCCCCCUGCCCCUCUGCCUGCCCACCACCUCACAGGCUCCAGUGCCCCCCAACACCUGCCCACAGAGCACCAGGCCCUGCAGCACCACAUGCCCGCGCUGGGGACCUCUGUGCAGAGGCUGCACCAGCACGAGAUGCUGCAGAGGAUGGAGGUGCAGAGACGCAGGAUGAUGCAACACCCCACACGAGCACAUGAGCGCCCCCCUCCACACCCCCACAGAAUGCACCCCAACUACGGCCAUGGCCACCACAUCCACGUGCCCCAGACCAUGUCAUCCCACCCACGACAAUCUGAGCAGAGGACUGCAUGGGAGCUGGGUAUCGAGGCUGGAGUGACCGUGGCGCCAUAUCCUUCAGGACACCUACACCCUCACCUGCCCCACUACCACCCUCCCCCAAGACUGCACCACUUCCCCAUCCCCUUCAUGCACACUGGCAUGUCUGAAGUAACCUACCCGCACAUUCGCUACAUCUCAUCCAGAAUGACUGGAUUUGGACGAACUUAUGAGGAUCUGCUGCAUUUAGAGGAGAGAUUGGGGACUGUGAACCGAGGGGCCUCUCAGGGAACCAUAGAGAGGUGCACUUACCCACACAAGUACAAAAAGAAGGUGUUGGAGACUGAGCGAGACAUUGACGAACAGUUAACCCCUGAAGCAUGGGCAACUAUUGGGAAAAAUAUGCACGCAACCUCCGACUCGAGAAAGCUGCAUGGUAAGCAAGAAGAAGAUGAGGGGGCGGACGAAGACACAGAGGAGAAAUGCACCAUCUGUCUGUCAAUACUGGAGGAAGGGGAGGAUGUCAGACGCCUACCUUGUAUGCAUCUCUUCCAUCAACUGUGUGUGGACCAAUGGCUCCUCACCAAUAAGAAGUGCCCCAUCUGCAGAGUGGACAUCGAGGCGCAGUUGUCUGCCGUUGAGAGUUGAUGCUGUUUUUCUAACAACUCUUUGUUGGAAUUUUCUUUAUUUGUUGUUUUGUUUGAAUUUUUCUUCAGAACUGCAGUCAACCAAAGAGGGCAUGAAUUACCUGCGCAGAUCCACUAUGAGAAAAUAAAAACAUCAGGCUAAAAAAGCGUUGAGCCUAGAGUGCCAGCUAUCACACAGUACAAUACUGCUAGAAUUGACAUCUCCAUUAAGGAUUUAAAAUGUUAUUGUAUUUAUAAAGCUUUUAUGUAGCUUUUGAUUGUUUCCUCGUGUCAUAUUUUAUUUUUAUUUGUUUUAUUUUUUGCAUGGCUCCUCGCAAUGCAUUUCUUUGCACAUAUAUUGUGGGCUUCUCAUAGCCUAACAACUUGCAGGUGAGGAUAGCUGCUCUAGUAAAGAAGCAUUUCUAUAUACCUAAUGCCUUGCUUUACUAAAGUAGAACGUUAACCUCCAUUUAAAAACAUUGCAGGACUCAUUUUACCGAUCAUUGUAUUGAUUAGUUCAUGUUUAGACAAUGUGGUUUGCUAGUGGAAGACGUUUUAUUUCUAAAAGAAGGUAAAUCAAGACAUUCCUUAAUUAGGAAAAUAUCAUGUUAAACUGAUCAGCUGCUGUAUUCAUGUUCACCCAGUAUUUCUAGAGUGGGAAUAAACUCAAACUUCACCUCACCUCCCAGAAAAUGCACAUGCGUGUCUUACACCUCUCCUGCACCACCUUGAUUUGACUAAACACCAUUCACACGUCAUCUAAUGUAUUUUAAGGAAAAAGAAAAUGAAUGUCACAUCUGUUCUUGACUGUUCUUUUUCAAUGGAAUGAUUGUUGAGGUCUGCUGAGGAUACAGUCUGUGUUCUGUUUGGAUUUCUCCCUCAGACAGGCCCCAGAUGGAAAACUGGGUUCUAUAAGGGGAUCUCAGGCCCACAGAUGCAACCAGUUUCACAUGAGCCUACAACCUGGGGAUAUCUGUUGUUUGGAAACUGGGAAUGGCGUUGGUUUUUCCUUGCUUUUCGUUUAUCCUCCGUUUCUUUUUUCAGAGGGAAAUACACAGAGCUCAGCUCAGAAUAAUAAAUAAGUAGCUGAUUAUUCUUACGUCCCAGAUCAUUGUUCUUACCCACACUUUCUCUCUCGUCUCUGUCUCUGUCUCUCUGUCUCUGUAGCUGUGCAGCAGCAAUUUCUCUUUGCUGCCAUUGAAAAGAUAACACUAAUAUUAUUCUCGACUUGCUAACUUGCAUAUACUUGCACAGGAGAGAACAGACAGGAGUGUUGUAUAGAGAGUGCGCUGAGGCCAUGUAUUUCCACUCUGAUUGCUGAGUUUUGGAAAAAAUAAAUAAUUUUGAAUGGAGUGUUGGAAUGCAGUACUUAUGGCAGGUAUCCAUGCAUUCAUAGACUUAAUGGCACCGGGAUGAUAUUCCAUGGGAUUUAUAUUAGUUUUAAAAUAAUAUUAAUAAAGUUAGAACUCUUUCCUGUGUCUGUUUAUUUGUGCCUUACCGUUCACCUAUGCAUGUUAGUCCAUAUUUCACAACUGCACAUUCAGAGGGAUCUACUGACAAAAAUAUUGUUAACACUUGGUAUUCACACCCCUAGACUUUUUCCAAAUGUGGUAAAGCUUGAAUUUAAAAUGUAUUACAUUUAGAUUUGCUUGUCAUUGGCCUCCACACAAUAUCCCAUAAUGUUAAAGUGGAAUGAAUUAAGUUUUUUUUUACUAAUGAAUUAAAAAUGAAAAGCUGAA